UUUUCACUGUUAACUUUUAUUUACAUCUUAUUAAUCACUCUCGUAUACUUUAUUCAAAAUUAAUUAUCAAAAUGCUUCACUUAUUUGGAUGUUUUUUGACAUUGUGUAAUCUCCGCCAUCUUUGAACAGGUUCUUAGUGGCUAAAUAAACUGUUGCAAUUUAGGAUUUGUGUGGAUGAUUUUUAACCCUCUUUAAGACUUAAGUUUCAGUUUAUUAGAAAGAGAAUCUAAUGGCCUUAAAUAGCAAUCUUCUUUUGAAGCUUAAAUUGUUUUUCAGCUCAUUGGAAAAAUUGUUCUUUGGAAGAUUAGCAUGUCUCGUUCACGGUUCUUUUCCUUCAAAUUCUUUACACCGUUCUUCUAAUAAAUUGGUUCUAUUUUAGAAGAAAGUAAUGAAAAAAUUAUUUGGGUGAGUCGUUUGUUAAUCAAGAUUUUUUUGUGUAUGAUAUCAUUAUAUAGGACUGCCAAAGGUUCAUCCAUGGAGCGACAAACUCACUUGAAAGCACCAAUUCCUGAACUCGGGUCAAUGCCGGACGGCAGCACUUUUAUUAACUUGAUAAGUAGCGACGAGGAUAACGAUAGUGUUAUUGUUAUUUCCUCAGAAGACGAAAACGAAGAAGCAUUAACUAUGAAAUCAAAUUUCUCAUAUAAAAUCUUCACAGGCUCUCCUAACUUUCACAUUAAUCAGAAAAUUAUACAUAUAUACCCUGAUAUCAAUGGUCGUCAUGAUCCGGCUUUAUUCUCAAGGUUAUGCCAAAACCAGAGUAUAAACUUAGUUAAUACAGACGAGAGUGAACCAGACGAAAAAGACAAAAUUCCCAAAAAUGUGCCUUUAACGACUAAUAUAAUUGAUAUUGAGGAAUAUUCUUUGGAGGAUGAUUCUCAAGAAUCGCCUCUCAUUGAAAAAAAACAAAAGCGUGUAAAAGGUAAAAAAUCUAUAGUGAAAAAAGCAAGAAAAUCAACAAAAGGGAGAAAAUCAGAAACUGUUAAACGUCAACCUACAAAAGAGAAAAGAGCCAAAACUACUCUAGUGACAGAUAAUUAUUCCACCUCUACUUUGUUUCCGAGCCCUGCAAACUGUAUUGUAGAGGAACCUGAAAUAGAUAGGGUAGAUAAUGUAACUUUUUAUUGGAAUUCCAGUCUAUCGGCGGCCAGCUAUUGGAGUAAUUAUAAUCUCACUAAACGGCCCCCUAAAUCACUGAAAGACUUAUUAAGCCCUGGUGAUGCUAAAGUUCUUUUAGAGUCCUAUCCCAAAUUAAUACCUACUCGAAGACGCAAAUUGGAAAACUUAGUAGCUAAAGAAUUGCCUAAUUUAGAGUUUUAUAAGAAUCAUGUCAAUGAAAUUGCCAAUAUGUAUACCAAACCAAAGAAAUCUAGAGCUACUACUGUUAUGAUAAAGAUAAAUAAGAAUCUAGCAGCUUGUAUUGCCAAAACGGCUGAUCCAUUUUUACCAAAGAGAAAUUUACAUAAAAUAUUCAAUUCCUCUGAGGUAUCCGAAACUCGUCGAAUGAAAAAAUCGAAAUCAGCUCGUGAGGAAUUUUUGCCAUAUGAUAAUGAGGAUAGAAAUUUUUCGAUAGAGAAAGUGAAUCCAGUUUGCGAAAAGAGUUUUUGUUAUCUAGGUUGUAUAUGUAAGAGUUUAAAAACCAAUAAAGAAGAUAUACCAAGAUUAACUAUACAUUGUCGAAAAUUAACUUGUAUGUUUCAUUGUGUUUGUGAGAUAGAAAAAAAGAAACCUCAAUUGAAAAGACAUACAUGCGCAAUAUUAAGACGGUCGAAGGCAAAAGAAGACUCUGCAAAGUCCGGAAAUACCGUUGUCAAAGAGAAAUGUUCGCGUAAAAGUCCUCUCAUUCCAAAAUUAUCUAAAAUAUUAGAAAAACCUAAACUUGACCAAAUCGAAGAUAUAGAAGGUCCAGUAGACAAAACAGAAGAUAACUCGGCGUUAUUUAAGGUUAGCGAACUAAUGGAAAACGAAAUUCCUGAUCCAACUGUAGAACCGAAUAUUGUUGCUAUUUUUCGAGAUAUUUGUAUGGAAUAUAGAAAAGAUUUUACGAAGUUUAUUUAUCAGAUUUCAUUAAAUGAAAUAGAUAAAGCAAGAGUUUUUUCCACUGUUAAAUGCGACGACAAUGAUUUUCAAGAAUUGUUGAAAAAUUUAAAUGCUGCAAAAGAAGAUUCUCAUAUUACCAAACUGUCCACUGGAAAAUACGUGAUGAUAACACCGAAAAGUGUUUUGAAUGAAAAUCACUAUGAAGUAUUCAUAAAUGGUGUAUCGAAAGAUCUACGCCUGCGAAAUUUUACAGGUAAAUUUUUGAAGUGUUCCAAGCAAUAUCAAGCUCUGACCAAAGUCAAGUUGCCUCGAGAACUAUCAUCAAAAGAGGAGUGUACACUUAAACCUGAACCAAAAUUGCCAGAUAAAUUACCGAUUCCCAGUAUUUCUCAAGCCAAAAGAAGUUCGGCAGUCUUCUCACCUUUACAUACUGGUAUCUCGAGUUUGAACAAUUUCAACGUUAAAUACAAUAAUGGUUUCACCGAUAAGGAAAAUGAUAAAUUGCCGAUUAAUUGUAAUGUGUCGUCGAAUUUUAAACUUCUCGAACAGGUAAAUAUAGAUGGAAGGAAGAAUGCUAUAAGAGCUCCUCAUUUUAGAGCACAAAUAGUGACACCGGCAGGUAUUCAUCUAGCCCAUUCAAUGCUGAAGCCAAGGAUUGCCGUUCUACCCUCAACGCAUUUCGCUCAGUUUAUAGCGGUGCCUCAUCCGCCAAAGAAAGAAAUAGCAAGAAUUUCUAAGUCAGAAGUAUCCUGGGAGGAAGCAAUGAGCUACGUGUCUUCUUCAGAAGAAGAAGCGAAUUCUUCCCAAUAGGAAAUGUAUAUUUAUAAAUUAUAGAUCGACAUAUUGAAUAUAAUGAUAUAUUAAGAG